AUGGGAUGUUGGGAGGGUAAAUCUGAGAGGCGAGCGGCGGAGCGCAGCAGGGGGCAGAAAGUCAAGACGCGAUCUCGCUCCAUGUCCUUCCCUUUGUUGCCCCCUCCGGCCGAGCUCACCCACUCGAGCAAUUUGCGGGCGAUGUCGGUGGAUGCCAUGGCAGAGAAGCUUUGCCACUCCGACCCACCCGAGAAGUUGCAUGGACAGGCCCGUCUCGGCCGUAAUGUCUUUGCGGCCCUGGUCGCGUGCUUCAUGGGGGCGACCGAUGGCCUUUCUCUGGGCAGCCUGCUCUUCCCGUCCUCAGCCGAGUUUCCGAACCACGAGUACCAGGCGCUUGGGAUGUCCAUCGGCCUGCUGACGACGCUGGUGGCGAACGCCGGAUCCCUGCUCGGCUCGGAGAUCCGCUUCGGCGUGGCCGGCGCGAGUAUCCCCACCGUCAUCGUGCUGGCCGAGCAUUUCAAGACCCUGGGACCUGGCCGCUGCGCUACGAUCUACUUCAUGGCGGCUCGGGGUUGGAAAGGCUCAGGUGGCGGUGUGCUCUUCUUUGAUCGGAGCGGGGAUGUGGCUGGUGGGCAGGCUGCGCUUGGCGCGCUUGGUCAAGGCAACGUCCCGUCCCUCCCCACAGCUUGCCCCUUCGUGAUCUACGGCGGCUUCAUGGCCGGAACCGGGGCAGUGCUGCUCCAGUACGCCCUGAACCUGAUGGUACCCGGCUUCGUGAGCCCACAGCCGAGCUUGGUGGAAGUGGACAGCUACACAGCUCUUUUCCUCGCAGAGACGCUUUGGCAGUGGCUCCCGGGAGCUCUCGGCGGGGCGGCCAUGUUUGCACUGCGGGCCAGUCGGGUCCGCGUGGGAGCGAGCAUCCCCCAGGAUCUGCUGAUUCCCGUGUUCCUCAUCUCCGAGGCCUUCUUCUUCUUGGCCUGGAUGCUUUGGACUGGAAGAGGACUCGAGGCCGCAAGAGACGAGGGCCUCCUCUUCCCAGUGCGAAUGCCUUCGGAGGGUCCCAACUUCUAUGAGGUCUGGACGAUGCACUUCGAGCAUGCCUCGCAGCUGGAUCUCAGCGUCUUCAUCUGCCCAAACUUCUGGCUCACCGUGGUGAACGCGGCCUGUAUCUCCGUCUUGACUGCCGUCAUGAAUAUUUUUGGGACACUCACUGCAACACAGAUCCGAGUGGAUAUUGAUCGGGAGAUGAUGCUCCACGGCAGCUACAACAUGGGCUGUGGCGCACUCUCCGGCCUCCCUGCGAACAUGGUGAUGUCCUUCUCCGUCACUUGCCGCGCGCUCGGGGCAGAUGGCCCUCGGCCCA